AAAAAUGGCUCAGAAUUUUGGGUAUGGUUUCGGAAUGAGUCAAGGGCAAGGGCAGCCGCCAGGUAAUGACAUGAACGUUCCUGGUCAUGUUCCGCAACAACAGCAACGUUUUCAACACUUUCAAGGCUAUUCCCAAUAUGGACAUCCGGGCUUUUCACACGGGCACAGUCAUCCAGGUGGAUUGACUCCUCAGCAGUACCAACAGUACGCCAUGCAACAACAACACCACAUGCAGCAACAACAACACCACCACAUGCAACAACAACACCACAUGCAGCAACAACAACAGCACAUGCAGCAACAACAACAGGCGAUGCUAGAACAGAAGAGAAAACUAGAAGAAGAGGAACGACAUCGACAGCAGGAGGCAUUGAAACAGAGAGAUUUUGAACUGCAGAGGAUGAGACUCCAAGCCAUGGGGUCACGUGACAAGACCUCGGGCAAAUCCAGUCUGGAUGACAUGUUUGGAAAGGCUCUCACCGGCCUCACGUCUUCCUCACCGAGCACACAACGCCAGCAGACGCCAACGACGACCAAAACGAAUAUUUCAGAAUUUACUGAUUUUAAACAAGCGUCUCCGGUUGUUGGUCAACGAGUAGUAGUAGCACACGUGGGCAGUCAUCCCAACCCAUCCCUAGUGGAGUCGAACGUAGCACCAGUGGUGACAUCAGCGAGCAAUACAAAACCAAAGUUGCACUCGUACAGCAACUUGUUGCAAGAUUCACUCGACGGCAUGAAGGAUCAUCAGUCACAAGGUCGGAGGGAUUUCUCCGCUCCCGUCGUUCCGAAGUUCGAGGCGAAACCGUAUACCCAGACGUAUGCACAGUCGAACAAGGCUCGUUCUUGGGGUGAAACGUCCGAGGAUUUUUCGAGUCUCUUUAGAGUCGAGGCUCCGCAGCAGCGUGUGCACGAACCGGUAGAUGAUUUCCAACCGUUUUCGUCUGCAGUGCCUCAGCCUGCUGCUUCUCUUACACAAGAAAUGCCUCCUCCAUCUGUAGCUCAACAACCGCAUACGAACAUGGUGACGUCUCACGCUCAGCCGGGAGCUCGAAUUCCUUCGUGGUGUUUGCCAAAUUCUCCAUUGGUUCCUUCGUUGUAUAAGCAGGUUUUUGACCAGUGCAAGGAUGCUACGGGCAUUCAUGUUGAUACAAACUUUGUGUUUCCGAUUUUGUUGUCGUCGGGUCUUUCUAGGACUGUGUUGAAGGCGAUCUGGGCCACAGCAAACAAGAUGACUCUGGGGAAGUUGAACCGUAUUGAGUUGUACAUUGCGUUGGGACUCGUUGGGCUUGCUCAGUCUGGCUGUAUGGAUCUGAGGGUGGCUGUAUUGGCAGCUUGUGCUGAGCCAGUUGUGCCACAGUUGCAUGGCAUUCAACUGGUUGACACAGAAGACAAGGGACAGGAUCCAGUGAGUACAUCACCGGUCCAACAAGACCUUAUGGGCGGAUUUGAGAACCCCAACACUAAUGUGAUAACCAGCAUGGCUGCUGGCACUCAUGUACAAGGGGCUGCCCAAGUAUUGCCAGUGCAAGUAGCCAAUGUGAACCCAAAUGCAGACGUCGAGACUAACGUGGGUGAUCAGUAUGGUGCAUUUCGUGCUCUUAAUGACCCUAACCCUAACGAUGCAGCAGUAACAGUGCAGUCGUUGAUCCCUGCUGUUUCCACCGAUCAACUUCCCGUGGAUCCGUCGGACAAAUACAGCAUCUUCCGCUCACUUGAAGUAUCAAACCCAUCGGUUUCAAAUUUGCCGCUGGGAGGAUACGAGGCAUCGGCUACAUCUGCUAAUAUGAUGGUAGACUCACAAGCAGUUGGUGCUCCUCAUGUGACAGCCGGUAGUGGCUCGUUGGCUGGUGUGGUUGGCAUACAUGAUGUCGCUGUUGAGCAACAGCCGGUCGGUCAAGACUUUGGUGCUUUCUCUGAUUUCCAGUCGGCUCCUGUAAUGUCGAUGUCUCAACCACACCCGAGCAUGACUACUGGUGGAGACUUCGCUGACUUUCAGUCUGCUACAUUUGCUGUCACGCCAUCCACCCAGCCGCAGUCUCAAGGUCAUUUACCUAGUGAUAUUGGAAUUUCUCCUACCCCAUUAACAGCCCAUGCUAUCAUCAAGGAUGGCCCAACUCAGACUCUGGAUACAACACAUUUUGGUGACUUCUCGGCUUUCCAGUCCACGGCUUCAGUGGAAACUCCUCGAGUCUCUUUCACAAACACCAACCAGGCUAUUGUUCGAACAGUUGAGCUGGUGCAUACGACUGGCGACGUCCAAUCUAGUAACGAAACACAACCAUUAUCUGUACACCAGAAGGAGCCUCUGGUGAGCCAAGUGGAUCACAGCAGUGACUUCUCGGACUUCCAAAUGGCCAAUACCUCACAAUCAAUGUCAAUUUCAAGCAACACCAAUAGUCACAGUGGCAGCCUUCCUGCCACCGACUCGAAACGCAGUCCACCAUCAGACCUUAGCGGCCACAACAAGACUCUCUUAGCUCUAGCAAUGGACAGUCAACGAGACGAAUCACCGGGUCCAUUUGUUGUGGUGACCGGAGACUUAAUUGUAGAAGAGCCAGCAGCAAAGGAGCAAUUGCAUGCGACUGAUUUGCUCAAAGGAGACAUCCCUCUUGUUGAGCCUGUCACCGAGCUAACGUCAAAACCCGCAAUGGAAGAUGAUAGUUUUGGAGAGUUCAGUGGAGCAAACGUGACAUCAACAGAACCAGAGCUUGGAUUCUUGUCACUCGAGCCGGCCGUUUCAAGCAUGAGUGCUGCUGCAUUCUCAGCAACGUCUUCGACAUCUUCGCUGUCAAAAAUGAACUUCACGUCCGGCAACUGGAGUGACCUUACAUCAUUAGCUGACAUUGGAGUAUCAAAUAAGCCUGUCACUUCACAUAGUAUUGGUGGAUCCGUUUCCACCACAGGAGACAACGAAACAAAAUUGACUGAUAAUUUGCCAUCAAGCCAUAACAUGAAUGUUUCACGUGUACAGGCAGUGAAUAGGACUAUGGGUGAUCAGACAAUAGCCCAUUCACAGCCUGCUGUUUUUGGAGGCCGAUACGAUCUCACUAAUUCUGCAGAAACUGAGACCAGUCUGCAUGAGCAGGCGUGGAGUAAAUGUGUUAAGUGCUGCUUUGAAGACGUCCAGAAGGCUUGCGAUAUUCUCAAGCAGAUGCCUAGUCAGCAGGUGCUUAGCGAGGUAUUCGACUCGAAGGAAGGCAAAACGUAUUUCUCUGCCGUUAUCGAAGUUUAUCGGGUUGCUCGUCGAAUUCAAGCCACCGCACCCGAAUUGCCAGGACUGCAAGUACACUUCGACGAUCUGAACUCGAAAUGGAACGUGCUCAGCUCGUUUUUUCGAGACACCGACCUGGAACCUUCAGCUGCGUCACUGGAUUUUACUGACCUCACAGUAUCAACCUCUAAGUCGACUGACUCGGUGUGUGGUGUUUGUCUGCUGAGUGUCGCCAAGAGUGGAGACGCAGGACUCGACGGACAGGCGAAUGGGAAUCGAGCGUCCACCUAUAACAAGGCGGUUCUUUCCUACGGAGGACGACGCUAUUGUGCGUCUUGCGCAAACUAUUGGUGCAACAGGGUGGACUCGGUUCUACCAGCACUGCCGCUGUUUAAUCCAUUACUCUGACGGGAAACACGAAUAUACAUAACGUGUAAUCACGACAUAACCUUAAAAACUCAUUGUAGCUAGAGUUAGUCUCUACAGGCAUUGAUUAUCUGAUUUCGUUGGGCUUUGUGA